AUGUCACAAUCAGUUAAUCCUGUUGUUCAAACGAGUGGAGUUUGUACAGUUAGUUCAACUGGUCUAUUGGAAUGCACAAAGGAUUUCAGAAGUAGAGAAAAGUUGCCAACCUAUAUCUACAAGUACCCAGAGCAUGCCAACCAAUAUAUUGCCAAUGAGAUUAUCACUGUCAUUGAGAAUGCAAAUAAAGCCGGACGUCCAGCGGUUCUAGGUUUGUCGGCAGGUAGCACACCGACCGGUGUUUACGAUCUGUUGAUCUCGCUGCACAAGCAAGGCAAGGUCUCUUUCAAAAAUGUCAUUACCUUUAACAUUGACGAAUACUACCCAAUCUCGAAGCAAUCGAUUCAGUCAUACUAUCGUUUCAUGCAAGAGAAUCUCUUCCAGCAACUCGACAUACCAGCCAGCAACAUCAAUUUCCUCAACUGCGAAGUCCAAUCGGCCCAAGUCGAAUCGCAUUGCGAACAGUACGAAGAAGCCAUUGCCAAGGCCGGUGGAAUCGAUCUGCUCUUGUUGCCCAUUGGAAAGCGUAUUGGUUUCAACGAAGCCGGUGCACCAGUUGCCUCCAAAUCUAGACUGGUCGAUCUCGAGCAAAACACUCGUAUCGACGCAGCCAGUGAUUUCUUUGGUGUAGAGCAUGUUCCACACCAAGCUUUGACCAUGGGUAUCACAACUAUGAUGUCAGCCAAGCGUGUAUUGCUAAUGGCAUUCUCUGAGGGUAAGGCUGCCAUCGUUCAAAAGACCACCGAGGGUGAGGUUGUCUCUGCCGUUCCAUCAUCGAUCUUCCAGAAACACACCAAUUGUUCGCUCGUCGUAGAUGAUGCCGCCGCUGGAGAACUCACACGUCAGAAAUGUCCAUGGGUAAUUCACGGAACCAAUGCGCCAGUUCAAAUCAAAUGGACACCACUAUUGGCACGUAAAGCAUGUAUUUGGUUAUCACUAAAACUUAACAAACCAAUUUUGAAAUUAGAAGAAGAUGAAUACUCUGAUAAUAAUUUAGCAUCAUUAUUAAAAGCAUAUGGACCAUGUCCAAAUUUAAAUCUUAAAGUAUUCCGUUAUCUUCAAUCAACUAUUAGUGGAUGGCCAGGUGGUCGUCCAAUUCAAUCACCACCAAAGUCACCGGGUGGAGCGGGUAUUGGUUUGGGUCCGCUGCCAAUUCAAGUACAAAACGAUAAUUGGGAUACACAAUCGGUUACACCAAUGCCAAUUCCCAAGAGAGUCAUUGUAUUCUCACCACAUCCAGAUGACGAUGUCAUUUCGAUGGGUGGAACAUUCAUUAAGCUCUGUGACCAAGGUCAUCAGGUACACGUUGCCUAUCAGACUUCUGGAAACAUUGCGGUGUGGGAUGACGAUGCCAAGCGAUUCGCAAACUUUGCCAAUGAAUUUGCCAAGUUGUUUGGAUUCGAUCAACAAGCCAAGGCAAAAGCUCAGGCCAUUCAAGAUUCUGUCGAGAAUUUCAUUUCCACCAAGGAGCCAGCACAACCAGAUUCACGUGAGAUCCAGCUUAUCAAGGGAUUGAUUCGUCAGACUGAAGCACGUGCCGGUGCCAGAUAUGCCGGUGUCCAUCCUUCACGUAUUCACUUUUUGGAUCUACCAUUCUACGAGACCGGUGCCGUCAAGAAGAAGCCACUCGGCGAAGAGGAUAUCAAGAUCAUGCAAGACUUCCUCGUAAGUGUGAAACCAGAGAUUAUCUUUGCUGCCGGUGAUCUUUCCGAUCCACACGGAACACAUCGUGUCUGUUUGAAGGCUAUAUUGGCAGCGAUCGAGCGUCUAAAGGAUGAGAGUUGGAUGCGUGACUGCCAGGUAUGGUUGUACCGUGGUGCCUGGCAAGAGUGGGAGCCAGAGCGUAUUGAAAUGGCAGUGCCAAUGUCACCACACGAAUUGAUGCGUAAGCGUAUGUCAAUCUUUAAACAUCAAUCACAAAAGGAUGUUCCAGCAUUCCCAGGAACUGACAAACGUGAGUUUUGGGUGCGUGCAGAAGAUCGUAACCGUGCCACAGCCAAGAUCUACGACAAACUUGGUUUGACCGAAUUCGAAGCUGUCGAAGCUUUUGUUAGUUGGUCAGUAGAUAACAAAUAUGGUACCAACCCAAUUUAA